AAAAGCCUCCUCUCUCUCUCUCUCUCUCUCUCUCUCUCUCUCUCUCUCUCUCUCUACAACUCUCCUUCUCUCUCUCUAGAGCGCGUCAGAAUGUUCUUAUUGACGCCACUGAUAUUGAGCUAAAUCGGGUUGAAUCGGAUUUGAUCAAAAACAGUUUAAAACAGUUCUUACCUUCUUCCUCAGAUUAAAGUCAUGGCCUUUAUUCAAAUCGUGCCUAUCCUCAGAUCUUAGUGUUUCCGUUGACGAGAUUUCAUUCAGCAUCUUGGUGUUUUUUUUUUCCAAAUCUGAUUGGUUGAGAGCAAAAUGCAAUCAGACAGUGGGAAGCUUUUCAUCGGAGGGAUAUCGUGGGACACCGAUGAGGAGCGUCUCAAGGAGUAUUUCAGCAGCUUCGGUGAAGUCAUCGAAGCUGUGAUCUUGAAAGACCGUACCACCGGUCGUGCACGUGGCUUCGGCUUCGUUGUCUUUGCUGAUCCUUCCGUUGCAGAAACUGUUAUAAUCCAAAAACAUAACAUUGAUGGCAGAUUGGUUGAAGCCAAGAAGGCUGUUCCUAGAGACGACCAAAACACAGUAACCAGAAGCAGCAGUAGCCUCCAAGGAUCACCAGGAGGUGGUCGGACGAGGAAGAUAUUCGUUGGAGGGUUACCUUCUUCCGUUACGGAGAGCGACUUCAAGACGUAUUUUGAGCAGUUCGGGACGACUACGGACGUGGUUGUUAUGUACGACCACAACACGCAGAGGCCUAGAGGUUUCGGAUUCAUUACUUAUGACUCCGAGGAGGCCAUUGAGAAAGUGCUGCUCAAGACGUUCCAUGAGCUCAACGGUAAAAUGGUUGAGGUUAAGCGGGCUGUUCCUAAGGAGUUGUCAUCUCCGAGUCCAGCUCGCAGUAGCCCGCUCGGUGGUGCUGGCUACGGCUAUGGAGGAGUAGGUAGAGUCAACAACCUCCUACUUAAUGGGUAUGCUCAAGGGUUUAGCCCCGGUGCGGUUGGAGGGUUUGGGCUUAGGAUGAUGGAUGGUAGGUUUAGUAGUAGUCCCAUUGGUGCUGGAAGAAGCGGGUUUGCGAGUUACAACGGAGGGUCUGGAUAUGGGAUGAAUGUGAACUUUGAGCAGGGUUUGCCCACAGGGUUCAAUGGAGGAAACGUAGACUAUGGGAGAGGGAUGAGCCCUUACUACAUUGGUAACGCGAACCGGUUUGGUCCUGCGGUUGGUUAUGAAGGAGGCAAUGGAGGAGGAGGAGGAGGAGGGAACUCAUCUUUCUUCAGUUCGAAUCUUUGGGGAAACAAUGGGGGUCGUAACUAUAAUAACAACGCUACAAACUCAAACAUGGGAGGAGGAGGAUCAACAAGUGGGAACAACACACUUAACGGUCCGUUUGGGAGUUCAGGGGUUGUUAACUGGGGUGCUCCUGGAGGAAACAAUGGUGUUAGUAACGAGAAUGUGAAGUUUGGUUAUGGAGGAAACGGUGAAUCUGGUUUUGGAUUGGGAGGAGUAAGAAACAUUGGGCCUCCUAGCAAGGCAGCAGCAGCACCAUCAUCUUCAUUCUCUUCUAACAAUGCGGGUUAUGAAGCAGGAGGACUUGCAGAGUUUUAUGGGAAUGGUGCAGUCUAUAGUGAUCCCACAUGGAGAUCAUCACCUCCUGAGACAGAAGGUCCUGCUUCUUUUAGCUAUGGGAUUGGAGGUGGAGGAGGAGGAGGAGGAGGUCCUUCUUCGGAUGUUUCAGCUAGAAGUUCAUCUCCAGGUUAUGUUGGUAGUUACAGUGUGAACAAGAGACAACCAAACAGAGGAAUUGCUACUUAGCAGAAUCGUUUUUUGUUUUACCACGGUAUCGUAGGAGAGCCAUCAGAGUGAACGGAUCUGUGUAUCUUUUGGCGAAUCGUUUAGAUAAUCUUCUCUCCUUUCAUACAAAGCCUAUUGAGGACAAAACUUGAUUCACAAUCUUCAGCUAGAGCUAACCAGAAAAAUCCCUCAUGGUUUGGUUUUCUAAAUUCAUUGGUCCUCCUCCUAAGGCUUUUUUUUUUUUUUCAAUGAGGGACAGAAGAAACUGUAUCAGUCUCCGGCCAGGCGGUAUUUACAUAAGAAGAGUUCAAAACAAACUCUUUCCUUAGUUUCUUUGUUGUCAUGUAAUGGUUCUUCUUCUUUGGGUUCAUGUCUAAGGUUUGUGUCUUGAGGCAGCUUGUACUAGAGAGGUUAUAAGUAUCUUUAAGGUUUUAUGUUUUUGAUAGUGUGAGAGAUAUUGGGAAGAGGAUUUAGCCAUGUAGGGCUUUUGAGAAUAAGUCUUUUUUUUUAUAACUAUGAGAUUAUUUUGUUCUCAAGCUGUUUGUAUGUCUCUUAUGCGAACGCAAGCAAAAACUCGUUUCUGUUUAUGUAUUUCUAUUUUAUAGAAAACUGUUUUUAAGGUUUUA